AUGUCUCCCUCUAUUGCCCAGCUGCCUCUCCUUGGACCUCUCGUCGGUCUUAGCACCUGGACCUUCGCCAUGGAAGGCCUGCUGUAUUGGCGUCGAACUCCAGCUCUUUCCAAGUACGGUGUCUCCUUCGACCCAGAGACUGCUAAAAAGCAGAAAGCAGAGAAGCUGCCUGCAUUUGUGCAGUGGCCCGCCGACAAUUACAACAACCUGCUCGAGCAACCUACUCAGUUCUACGCUGUUAUGCUUGCACUCAGUCUGCUGAAUGUUAAGGACAAGACCAUGGUGCGCCUGGCGUGGGGAUAUGUCGGCCUGAGAGUUAUUCACAGCCUCAUUCACGUCUCGUACAACAACCUGCUUCUGCGCUUCCCCACCUUUGCCGCAAGCUCCGUUGUGCUCUUGGGCAUCACUGCCAAGGCGGCCUUGGAGCUUUGGUAUUAA